GCUCAACAGCUUGUUGUUCGUGGAUCGGACUCGAGAGGAAGCAGCCGCGGCCGCGACCUGAUCCGUGUCGAGCUGGACUCAAGCCGUGAAGAUGAAGGCAGCAGACGAGCCUGCUCACCUGCCGGUGGGGACGGACGUCAGUGCCAAGUACAGAGGAGCCUUCUGCGAGGCCAAGAUCAAGACUGUGAAGCGCAUGGUGAAGGUCAAGGUGACUCUGAAAGGAGACAGCACGUCCCAGGUGGUGCAGGACGACCAGGUGAAAGGAGCUCUGAGGGUGGGCUCCACUGUGGAGGUGAAGACCAACGAGGGUCUCUCCAGCGAGGCCGUCAUCAGUAAACUGACCGACGCCAGUCUCUACACCGUGGUGUUCGAUGACGGAGACGAGAAGACGCUGCGUCGCACGUCCCUGUGCCUGAAGGGAGAGAGACACUUUGCAGAGAGCGAGACCUUGGACCAGCUGCCUCUAACGAACCCGGAGCACUUCGGGACGCCGGUCAUCAACAAGAAGUCCAACCGGGGGGGGCGGCGCUCGUCCCAAGCUGUUGCUGAUGAGGAGAAUGAGCCUUCGUCCAGUGAGGAAGAGGAGGAUGACAGGAGGAGGCUGAACGAUGAGCUGCUGGGGAAAGUCUGCAGCAUCGAGAACGAGGAGGAGGAGCCAAGCAGCUGGUACCUGGCGAUGGUGGUGUCUCCGAGCUGUAACGAUGAGCUGGUGGUGAAGAAGGAUCAGUGUCUGGUCCGAUCGUUCGAUGACUCCAAGUUCCACACGGUUGCUAGGAGACACGUCCACCCAGUCAACUCCAUCAGCAUCGCCAAGUCUGAGUUGUCCAACAGGAGAGGUCUAGAAGCAGCCCAGAUGUUCUCGAGGAGUGGGGAGGUUCCAGAUGCGUGGAAGAUGGACAUGAGUCAGAUCCUGGACUCGUCCUCCAGUGACGAUGAGGAUGAAGAAGAGGAGAAGGAGAGCGAGGAGGACAACGACGAAGCUGAGAAGAAAAAGAAGAAGCACAUCAAAGAGGAGCCGGAGGAGGAGCCCGACCCGGAGGAGAGGGACCACUUCCUGCAGCAGCUCUACAAGUUCAUGGAGGACAGAGGAACUCCCAUCAACAAACCUCCUGUGUUGGGCUACAAGGACCUGAACCUCUUCAAGCUCUUCAGACUGGUCUUUCACCUGGGAGGCUGCCACAAGAUUGAGUCGGGGACGGUGUGGAAGCAGGUCUACAUGGAUCUGGGGAUCCCCAUCCUGAACUCUGCUGCCUCCUACAACGUCAAGACGGCCUACAGGAAGUACCUGUACGGCUUCGAGGAGUACUGCCGCUCCGCCUCCAUCACCUUCAGGACCAUCCACCACAACAACCCCCGCCCCCCCACCACACCAGCCAACCAGACGGCAGCAGGGGCGGAGCCCACAGAGCCCCCUACGCAACAGGUGAAGGCGGAGCCUGUUGAGGACAAGGGGGAGGAGGCGGAGUCUGACAGUGCGAGCGAGAAGGAGGAGCUGAAGGAGCCUCAGUCGUCACCGCGGGGGAGGAGGAGGUGUGUGGGCCCGCCGCUGAAGGCAGAGACCGAGUCCUCCUCCAGGCCGGAGAGGAGAGGAGAGACCAGCGAGGAGCAGAGGGAGGUGAGGAGACGCAGCCACAGGAGAAUGGACGACUUCGAGAAAGGCUCUGAGGACGAGGAUGAGGACGAUGAAGAUGAAGAUGAGGAUGAGCUGGAGAGGAGGAGAGGAGCCAGGAGUGAGGAUGAUGAGGAUGGAGACUCUGUGACGGGGACGAAGGUCAGGGUGAAGUACGGCCGAGGGAAAACUCAGAAGAUCUACGAAGCUCACAUCAAGAAGACGGACCUGGACAACGGAGAGCAGUUCUACCUGGUCCACUACUACGGCUGGAACGUCAGGUACGACGAGUGGGUGAAGGCUGAGAGGAUCAUCUGGCCCGUGGAGAAAGGAACGAAGAAGAGACAGAGGAAGAAGGUGAAGAACAAAGACGAGCUGGAGAAAGAUGAAGAGAAGUCCGGGGCGAGGCCGCCGGGGGCGAAGCGAGGUCGUCCUCAGAUGAGAUCCACGCCACCGGGCUCCGCCGGGCGCAGCGGCUCCAAGACGCCAAGCAGCGAGGGGCGGGCCAACGGGAAGAGCAGCAGGACGGAGAGCAGCUUGGCCAACGGAGACAGCACGCCGCGCAGGAGAACCAGGAGAACGUCGGGCAUGUCGGACUCGGACCGAGCGUCCAUCGAGGAUUCUGGGAACUCUUCAGACGACAGCGAAUCAGAAGACCCGCCUGAUAAACCGCCAUCGCCUUGGCGAGGGAGAACUGAAGGGCCGCCCUGCCAGGAGGAGGAGGAGCAACAGGAAGAGGAGGAGGAGGAAACGAGUGAGGUCACUAACAUCUCAAUGCCGACUUAUGACGAUGACACCGUUACCAUGGAAACAGGAAGUCCUUCCCCUGCCGCGGCCGCAGCGUGUCCCAGCAUGCCGGGGAAAGAGCUGAGCCAAUCAGAGGAGGAGGAGGAGGCGGUAGCAGUAGUGCAGGGGGAGGAGCCUGCCGUGCAGGGGGAGGAGCCUCCAGCUGAAGUCACCAUGUUGCCAGUUGCCCUGGACAACGAGAGCAAAACGUUGUUGGUGCAGAAAACAUCUCCUGGACAGGAAGUGGUCAUCAAGUCCUCUCCCGACAGGAUGUCACCCCCCCCUCACAGGAACCAGACGCCUCCUGAGAAGCAGCUGUCCCCCCCGCCUGCUGCAGAGGGGGGGGGCAGGACUCCUCUGUCCUCCCCCAGGGUCAAAGGCCGGCGGCCCAACCUCAGAGAGACAGGCUCUGAAACUCCUCCCACAAUCCCCCUCUGCACUCCAGGCCCCGCCCACACGGCCGCGCUCGCUUCUCCUCCUCGCAGCGUCCUGAAGAGACAGGACGAGCCCAUGGUGGUCCUCCACUGUCUCCCCCCGGCGUCCCCCCCCAUGGACUCGGACACUGACUCUGCCACCGAGGAGGAGGAGGAGCAGGAGGCGGAGCAGGAGGAGGAGCAAGCUUCACCUCAGGAAACCAGCAGCGUGGCGCUUAAACGUAAAGCAGCCGAGAAGAAGCUCCACCCAGACAGGAAGCAGGAAGAGGCCGCCUCCCCCAAAGGCCCCGGCCCCGCCCCCGAGUUGGCGUCCGCCUCCUCCUCGCCGCUCCGCCCAGAGAGGAGGAGUGAGGGGGGGGUGAAAGCAGAGGACUCGCCGUGUCCCAGAGAGGAGACACAGAAGGAGGAAGAGAUGCAUGCUGGGACACCCCCCCCUGCCCCAGAGGCUCUGGGCCCCCCCCCCGCUGAGGAGCUGGAGAUCGGACCCGAGGCGCUGGUCUGCCACGAGGUCGACCUCGAUGACCCCGAGGACAAGGAGAAGCCCGCCUCCUCCGCAGAGCACCUCCUCCUGAUGAUGAGGGAGCCGCAACAAGCUCCGCCCCCGCUGUCUCACCUCCACCAAGUCCCCCACCCCACCCCCCACCCGCCUCACCUCCCCCAGCCCUUCCUCCCGGCCGCCGCUCCCAGCUCCGCCCCCUCCUCGGAGGAACUGCGCCCGACCAGGAGCGCCACGGAGGACGAUGGGGCGGGAGUGGGGGGGGAGCAGGAGGGCAGCUCCAGUCCCGGGUUCGACGGCAGUAGCUCCUCCUCCACCUCGCUGCUGUCGCUGCAGGAGCACAAGGACCGAGGUCAGAAGAGGGCGAUGGACUGUAACUCCUCCCCCUCGGCCAAGAAACAGAAACGCAACCAGAAGCGACCGAACACGCCCGGGAAGGCGGAGAAGAACGGAGCAGGCCACAGCAGCGACAGCGAGGACCAGGCGUCUCAGAAGACUCGCUGUCCGUCUCCGUCUCAUCACAGCAAAGACAAACCCGGCUUCCCGUCCUCCAGGUCCUACAAGUGGACGCUGCAGCUCGACGAGCUGGACAACAUGUCGAGCACAGAGAGGAUCUCCUUCCUGCAGGACAAGCUGCAGGAGAUCCGAAAGUACUACAUGACCUUGAAGUCCGAGGUCGCCUCCAUCGACAGACGCAGGAAGAGGCUAAAAAAGAAGGAGAGAGAAGUGUCGAACACGACGCCGUCGACCUCCUCGGGUUCCUCCGACACGGGCAUGAGUCCGUCCUCGGCCUCGCCCACUCAGAACACCGUCGCUGUGGAGUGCAGGUGAUGACACGCCCACUCAAGCUCCACCCACCCACCGUAUUCCCGUUUCCCUCGUCCCCGCCGACUGCAGCCACAGACUCCGCCCACUCUGCCAGCAGAGGACGUGAUGUGGAAAUGAGGUUUAUAACCUCCAGGCGAGAGCUCAUCGACUGCAGCGGUGGCUGAUGGGAACGCCAUCACUCCUUCAAAUAUGGUGGUGUGUGGGGGAGGGGCUUCUCCAAUUUGACUAAGCCCCACCCCCUCACCUAUGGACUUCCUGUUCAGAGACAAAUGCAACAGAAAAAUCAGCUCGUCGUCUGUUAAGCCGCCACAGAGCACUUCUCCUUCUUCCUUCCUUCCUACCUUCCUUCCUUCCUCCCUUCCUUCCUCCCUUCCUUCCUCCCUCAGUACCUCAGCUCAGCGUCUCUGACUUUCAGAAUAAUGUGCCUGUUUUUUUUGGGGGGG